CAUCUCCAUGGCUAUCCACCUUCAGUGGGAGCUCACUUAGUUUGAUCGUUCUCAAUUGGCCUUCUAGACCGCUAGUAUGGUAGGAGUAGCAGGAAAAUCCAAGGGCUGCAAUACUUGCCGAACUCGGAAAAUUGCGUGUGAUCGGUCACGACCGGAGUGUGGCCAGUGCACGCGAUCAAACCGAGUAUGUCGUGGCUAUCAAAGGGAGAGGGUCUUUGUGCUAGUCCAGCCCGCUGCUCCACCGACGAAGAAACACAUCUUUCUGCGAACCCCUCCCUCGUCCGAACGGGAUUCUCCCGAGGAGCUCUACGAUGCGGUCGACGAGGACCUGGCGUUGUCAUCUGGGUAUCCCUUUACGGAGCGGGGACCGGCUUACGCGAUGAUGCAGACCCAGAAUGAAUGCCAUAAUCUGGUUCUGACCUUUCUCUCCAAUUGUCUUUCCGCGCCAGGGUCAUCUUUCCUCCCACGCUCAUGGAUGCCCUUGCUGGCCGAGCUGCCAACGGAAGUAAAGGCUCUGCAAAUUGCGGGGGCGGCCGUCGCGGCCUCAGCGAUUGGUCACCAGUUUCGAGAUCCAGCGUUGAUCAAGGAAAGCCUCAAUCUCUACACCCAGGGCCUCCGACAGCUGCAGAGUGCACUAUGGAAUCGCAACCUCGUUCACGACGAUGGCACUCUGGCAGCCUGUAUGGCCCUCGGUCUGUAUGAAGCGAUGGAAUGCCCAAGUACCGGAUCGGAGGGCUAUUUCGGCCACUGUCAGGGCCUCAUUGCAUUGGUUCAGGCUCGCGGUAUCCAGGCCCACUGUUCAGGUGCGGGUCAUCGAUUAUUCCUUGGAGUCCGAAUGCCAGCGAUCCUGUAUGCGUUGGAACACCAAGCUCCAAGUUUCCUGUUCGACCCGGAGUGGAUGGAGCAGCCCUGGGAACUGAUCCCAAAGACCUUCAUGACUAGGGUCGUAGAUUGCCUCGCAAAAAGCCCCAAGAUCCUGCAGGGUGUGCGCCUCUUGCAUUCUUUGAGCCCCGAACGACAAGCUGGUCUAUAUCACGAGUUGAUCCGCGAGUGCUGGCAGAUCGACGAGGAACUGGACAUGAUCUGGUAUGGGAUGCAAGAUGCUACGCCAGACCCGCUGUACUGGCCCGUGCCAUCCCACAUGAAGUAUGCCCCGAUUGACUCCAACGUGGAGAAUCCAUUCCCAAUGGUAUUCUGCUUCGCGAGCCUGGAAUGCGCCACCAUUCUCAUCCUCCUGUGGGCAGUGCGGGUGAUGCUGUGGUCAGGUCUCUGUCACCUGUACGCCGGUCUGGCUAGUCUCAACAGCUCUAUGGCUUCUACCGCGGGAUCGGCUUACCCACCGCUGCCGGCUCUCGGUCAUCGCCAAGACUAUCUCUCCAUGGCCCAUCAUGUCUGCCAAUCCACCGAGUAUAUUCUGCGGGACGAACAGAUGCUGGCCGGGCCCCUCUCGGUUUCGCCAGCGUUGGGGAUUGUGCUGGACACCCUGCGCGAUCAGCCACGUUAUGCUCGCGAGGUUGCGUGGCUACGAGCAGUUCUCAGUGUAGUGCGGGAGAGGGGGUUAGGUCUUCUGAAACAUAGUCGAUGAUCUAGCCAGCUUACAGAACCAUGGCCAGAUUACGAAGUUACGAUGAGUCCGGGAUCCAGAUCAAUGAUGACAAACCUGGCGUCCAGUGUGGGAGCAAAUGGCAUUGAUACGAAGGGAUUAUGAUUGAUUAUGUAUUGGUGAUGGUGGCAAUUGA